AUGGGCUGCACACCAUCUCGCAGCGAGAUUGCUAACAGUAUCGCAAGAAGUGGUCUUAAGGCUUUCAAUAAACCCAGAGGUAUUUUGCAUGUUGAUCCAGGAGAUAAAGGAAUUCCAUUGCUAGUGAAAGGUUCAUCUUGUUACACUAUUGAUGAGUUUGGCCAGUAUGGGAUUCCAAGGAAAGACUGCCUGAGAGAAAAUGAGGAGAAAAUAUCGGAGCAAGACAAAAACGAUAAUUUCCAAUUAUCUUCCAAGGCUCAUUCAGAUCCCCAGAUUGCCAGGGAAGAAAAGAAAAUUGACAGGACAGCCAGAGAUGCUGAAGUAGCUAUGUCUGAGCUCAUUGAGUCUCAAAAACAUAUCACUGAGGACAUACAGAUCAGAAAGCAAAGCUCCUGUGAAUCAGAAGCAUCAGCUUUCAUUUGGGAUGACAAGAAUGAAAGCAAAGGAAAGAAAAUCCCAAAGAAAGGAAAAAAGCAAAAAAGUCAUAAACUAGCAAAGCAAGGUCGACCUUGCAAAAUUAAAGAAAAGUCCAUUUUGCCCCCAAAAGAGACGGAAAAAAAGGUAGAUUUCCCAGAACUGCUUGUUAAGGCUCAUCAGAGUGCUUAUGCCUACUUAAAUCCCAACCUCUCCAAAUUUGAAGCUAUUCUUCAUAUGGCCAGCCAGGCUACGCAAACUCAGCUCUUCUUGCAGCAGAUGGUAAGCUUCCUGGUGCUUCGCUUUGAUGAAAUCAACCAGCUCUUGGAAGAAAUUGCCAAUGAUGGGGAAAAUCUUCUCAAAGACGUAGGUGGGAAUCUGGCAUGGCCAGCAAAAAAAGAUUUGAGGGAGCACCCUGAUCUGUUGCAACAAUUACUGCAGUACACAGUCAAUAAAAUGCAGUUACUAAAUGGAACGGUGGCUUCCCUCACCUCCAACGUCCUGCAGGAGACAUGCAGCUACCUGCAGUCUGCUGCAGGCAACUUGGAAGGAAAACUGAAAGCAAAGCAAAGUUUUGAUGAGCGCCUGCUACGGACAAUAAGCCUGCUCGAAGCCUCUACAGUGGGAUCCUCUCCGUCCCACGGUGAUGACAGAACACUCUACUCUGAGGACAGUGGCAUUGGAGCGGACAGUGAAUCUAUCAAAGAUUUCAGUGCUCUCGGUCAGCUUGGAAGACAAGCAAGCUGUGAUUCCUGUGCACAUGGCCAUCUAUCCCAAAAGCACACCGGAACUGUUGAGCGCACGCGCAAUGGGACUGCACCACCAGGCACAGUCACAUCCCAUGACUGUGCGCUUGAAAGGCAUUUUAAAGAUAUGUUUUACUCAUCUGUUCAGAGUCAAGAAGUGGCUUCUUGUCAGGGUGGAGUACCAGAAGAUAUUUCUGCCGUGCCCCAGCAUGCAAGCCUGAGCAAAAGCCAUUCUUACAACUCCUUCCAGUCUGAUUCUACUCAGGAAGGUGAACAUUUCAAAAUCUGUGAAUCCACAGAUUUUCCUUCUGAUGAUGAUGAAGGGAGCACCCUGGGGGAGGAUGACGACAACACAAGCUUAUCAGAAAUGGGGAAGGAUACCCUGCCGAGAAGGCCUCUGUCUUCACCUGCGCUAACUGAUAACACGCAAAGGCAGUCCAUCAAGAGGACGGAGAAUGCAGAGACAGAGGAAAUGAUUCUGAAGAUGAAAGAUGCCAUCAGUGAAAAAAUCAAGUUUGUCCCAGCUAAAUGCGGGCAUAAAGAAUGGCUAGAGGAUGAGAGUGGAAGAGCAAUCCUAAGAGCAAGGCCCAGCACAGCAACAGGUAGCCAGAAAACCUUAGUGAAACAACGACGGUCCAGGUCAGAGGAGUCCCUCAGAAGCCAGGCAGAGGACCCAACCCUUCUAGAGCUUCAAAGAACUCAGAAAGAGCUCAACAAAAGAAUGGAAAUGUUUUACAGAAACAAGGACACAGACAGCAAUCAAGAGCCUCGGAAAUCAAGAACAGCACCUUAUUUACAGGACGAGCACGUUACAUCCAGAUCCUCUAGCAAACUGAAGGCUUGUCUCUCCAAAAAUUUCAGCAUUCUGCCUAACCAGGACAAAGUCCCUUUGUACACAGUUGAUCAAAAUCCUGCCAAUCAUCUGGAGGAAAGAAGAGGCAAGAAGCCUUCAAGAUCUACUGCGUCCCCACGGGAGUCAUCAGGCAGCAAAGAUGACGAGCCUCCUGGAACACAAAUCCUGAACAGCAGUAGCUGUGCCUCCCGCAAGUCUGUCAGAAAGCUUAUUGAAACGUUCAGUCCUACUGAUGACCUUGUAAAAGCCACACCUCUAAGAUCUUUAGGACCAAUAAAGUGCAUCAGAAAAUUUGGACUUCCAGUUAUUCCACCCACCCUUCCCUUUCAGAAGGGCCUGGCACCUUUAAAUCUUAAACAUCGUAUUUCACCAGUAGAAGACAUAAACCUUCAAAACGCCAAUGCAGUUUGUUCAAACUUUCCAAAUGCCUUUCCUCCUGUACCACCUGCAGAAUUAAGUUCAAAGGACACAAAGGAGACUGAUGAAGACAUUGAAAAUCUGCCACCACCACCUCCUGAAAUGUUAAUGGACACUUCCUUUGGCUUCUCUGAGUCUGAAGAAACUGCAAGAAUAGAAGGGAACUCUUCAGAAGAUGCCAAAAAGCCUGCCAAAACAGAACUUCACGCUAGUAAGAGAGCACACGUUUCCCCAAAAAUCAAAGCCUCUCUCCAGUCCAUUGACUUAUUACCAAGUAAAAAUAUCAACAACCCCAAUGCGAUUGCUAAUAAAGCUGUAAGGAAUAUUGGAGCGGAUGAGAAACUUCGGAAAUACUCUCUGGAGCUGAAUCCUACGAACGUGCACAUCCCUAGCCAAGAAGAGAUCCUGGCAACCCAGAGAAAAGAGGCUGCAGAUUUGUAUAAGCAAACCCAUAAAAUUAUUCCUCUUCAAAAUCCCAGUGGUGUUUCAAAAACAUACGGUAAUAGCUCAGAGAGUAACGAGCCCAGUUCACUUGCAGCUUCAAUGCAAUACCAGAAGCACAGUUCUCCCGAUUCACUGAGGAAAAAUGAAAAAAGCUCAACUUUUGUCAGGAGAGUCUCCCCAACAAGAACUCCUCCUUCUUCUCCACCAACUGAGAAACGGCUUUUCAGUCCACCUGCACAUCACAGACAUGCUCUGCAGGCGUUUAACAACUCGCAGCCAAGCUCGCCUACCAUGCAGAGGAAACCUAGUCCUCCAGCUAGCCCCCGGGUGCCCAGCCCUCCAAUACAGAAGAAGCUGCCCUCCCCACCAGCCCCACGGAAACUGCUCAGCCCACCCACGGGGCACAGGCAAAGCUCGCCAGCUCCGCACAGACUGCCGGGCCCCCCAGCCAGCCGCAGAGACGCAAGCCCGCCUCCGUUCCCAGCCGCUCCCUCCCCACCAACCUCUCCGUCUCAGUCGUAUAAGGGACCUAAAGCCAGUUCGGAUACUGGGGAUGAGCAGCAACCCUUCUCCUCCAAGAGGGGCAGCAAUGUUCAUUCAAUAUUCUGCCCAGUGACUUCCUCCUUAUUUGAAGCCAGACCUCCGCUGCCACUCAGCAAACCCACAGCAGAGGUCACGAGCCAGCCAGAAGCUCCCCCGUUUCCCCAGAGGAGCAGCGUGCUUCUCAGGCAGCCUGGAGACCGGCCCAGAAAGCUGUCCCAGAGCGCUGCCAAUCCUCAGCCUUUUGUGAAGAGAAGUUUCUCCGACCGCCGGCCAGGGGUCCAGUUUCGUCUUCCAGCUCCAGUGUCAGCUGGCAGCGAACCUGCGCUUAACCAGGCAAGCUUGGAGGAGAGCCCCAGAAAAGGAGGUGACGCCUGGAACAGCCCUAGCAUUUCUGAAAUGAAGGAGUCCAACAGGUCAGCCUCUCACCCUGAGCUCUACGUCGUGGGCCAGCGACUGCAGAGGGAGUGA